AUGGGGGCUAACGUGCCUGUACCUGAGUCUUUGCAACCCCCGCCAGUUCCUGAUGCGUUGACUGGCCAGUAUACCGAUUUUCGAGCCGAGCUUCAAGAAAAAGGCUACGCUGCAUUGAAGCGCGCGAUUCCACGUGAACGAGCUGAAGAGUAUCGCCAAAAGGCAUAUGACUGGCUUCAGUCAUUUAGCACAAAGUUUGACUUCAACAACCGCGAAACAUGGAUUGAGAAGAAUUUGCCGGUGAUGAAUCACAUUAUCAGAGCCUUUGGCGGUUAUGGGCUGGUUCAUGAAAAGUUUACGUGGGAUGCGCGACAGGAACCUGGGGUUCUUGAUGGUUUCGCAAGUAUUUGGGGGACUCGCGAGCUCCUCGCCAGCUUCGAUGGGCUCAAUAUCAGCCUUCCGAACCACGCUGAUCUAGCAGCAAGAAAGGGCUGGGAACAUGUCGAUCAAAGUCCACUGAAACGCGGCCUGCAGUGCGUACAGGGUAUUAUCCUCAGGAUUAAUGAUCUCUGUAUCUAG